AUGGGUCGCAUGAAAAAUCCAUUCGGCGCGUGUUUCGCGCGGGGGAAAAAGGACCGGAGAAAGGAGAGCCGGAAGGCCGCACAGGAAAUUCCAGGAAAAGAGGAAGAAGAAGAACAGGAGGAAGAAAGCAUCCCUCUUCGCUACCCCCUCUUUGACCCUCGGGCGGUGAAGACCCGGGAAGAAGAUCUAGGCGAAGAGCCGCUCUCCCGACCGAACAGCAUCCCGUUGGAGAUGGCAACGCGUGAACAUAUCGAACUGCCGGCAGACGAAGAGGAAGAUGAUAAUUUCAUGGAGGACAAUCCUGUGCUGGAGGAGGAACUUCCAGAGGAGGGAAAAAGCGCAUCUACCGUGGAAGAGGAACGCGCACCAUCUCCGGUGGAAGAACCUGCGCGGGCGCCAGUACCACCGCCAGCAAAGGAGGAACUCACGCCUCCUGCGGAAGAAGUGGAGAAAACGCCUCCUACGCCUCCGCCUUCCCCCCCGCCAGUGGAAGUCGAGAAAGUCUCUCCGCCUCCACCCAGCAGUCCCCAUUCUCCCCAACCCAGUGUCUCUCCUGAGCCUGUCAAGCCCGAGCCCAUGCCUGUGUCUCCUCCCCCCAAGGCGCGAGAGCAAUACAGAGCUCCGAUACCCGAGCCGGCUCCGCCGUCACCCCCGGUGGAGGAGACGCGAGAGGAGUCCGAGUCCCGCACGAGUUCGCCUUCUGUUGUGUCCGUCCGUAAGGUGCCGGAGGAACCGUUGAAUGAGCCUGUCUUCACACCACCGCCAGUCAUAGAAGAAGAACCGCAGAUGUCUCCAUUUGAAAAGCUGGAAAGCGCCCGUGAAGGCAGCCUUAGCGACAGCGCACCUACGGCGCCGCACACGCCACGGGGUCCGUCAGAUGAUGACAUGGCCCGCAGGAUCCAGGCGAAACUUGCUGAACUGGAGAGACAGCAGACACUAGCUGAAGUGACGUAUUACCGGAAGAAAAAAAGGAGAAGUCGCUGCCGACUGCGCCCCAGGUGGGUUUGUGUGGAAAAGGCAAUCGACUGCUACGCGGAUGCCCACGACGAUUUCACCGCAUUCUUCCGGGAAAGAAUGAACGUUCAUGAAAAAAAGGACUGUGGUAUAUGCAGGGACUUCGACUUCUCUGAUAUUCCAGUUCUUCAGUGA